AUGGUCAUGGGACACGGAUGCCUUGGACUCUCAGUCCGGAAAGGGAAAUGCUGGGCUGCUGGCAUCUUCGAUUUCCGGCGCCCCUUGUUUGGGUUCUCGCAAAAUUCCAGCUGCAGGCCGCUGCAGCAAAGAUCGGUGGUAGCAGAGAGGAAGAGGAGUCGAUCGCCAAGCAUAUCGUCGCUCCUGUCGAGGCUGCGGCUGGUGACCGUUGACGUGACGGGCACCCUGAUCGCCUACAGGGGCCAGCUCGGCGACUACUACUGCAUGGCGGCCAAGUCCGCCGGGAUGCCGUGCCCAGACUACGGGCGCGUGCACGAGGGCUUCAAGUUCGCCUACGCCGACAUGAGCAGGAGGCACCCCUGCUUCGGCCACGCCGCCGCCAUGCCCACCGCCGACUGGUGGAAGACGUGCGUCAGGGACUCCUUCGUCAGGGUAAGCACCUUGUAA